AUGUUCGCUUUAUUUAUAUUAUUCGGCAUCUGUUUGGUGGUUGGCUAUUUACUCAACCACCAUACCUAUUGGGAGAGGCAAGGGGUGCCACAUGAAACACCCCUACCAUUUCUGGGCAAUUUUAAAGGAAUUGGUUCUAAAUAUCAUGUCCGCGAUAUAAAUCAACGUCUCUAUAGGAGAUUUAAAGGUCGGGCGCCAUUUGUGGGCCUGUACAUGUUCGUACGCCGGGCAGCCUUGAUUACGGAUUUGAAUUUAAUCAAAAACAUCAUGGUAAAGGAUUUUUCGAAUUUCGCCGAUCGCGGUGGUAUCAGUAAUGUUGAAGAUGAUCCAUUGACGGGUCAUUUGGCGGCCUUGGAGGGUGAACAAUGGCGGGCCAUGAGAACGAAGCUGACACCUGUGUUUACCUCGGCACGGAUUAAAUAUAUGUUCCCCACCGUGUUGAAGGUUGGAGAGAAUUUCAAUGAAACUUUGGCUGAAAUUUUAAAGGAGAAGAGGGAUGGAAUUUUGGAGGUAAGAGAUUUGUGUGCGAGGUUCACCACCGAUGUCAUUGCCAACUGUGCCUUUGGUGUGGAAUGCAACAGUUUAAAAGAUCCCAAUUCGGAAUUCCGCCGAAAAGGUGUUGAAAUAUUUUCAAGGCCACGUAAUGGCCCAUUGCUGCACCUCUUCGCCCUGACCAAUAGUAAAUUGGCAAAUAAAUUCCAUUUGAAGUUACUGCACGAUGACAUCACGGAAUUUUUCAUGGGUCUGGUACGCCAAACAGUGGAAUAUCGUGUCCGAAAUAAUAUCAAAUGUAAUGACUUUAUGGAUUUGUUGAUUGAAAUGAAAGCCAAAGAUGAGGAAUUGGCCAAGGCCUCGAAGGGUAUUGAUUUGUCACAUGGCCUGACCCUGGAGCAAAUGGCUGCCCAGGCAUUUGUAUUCUUUUUUGCUGGGUUUGAAAAUUCUUCGGUUUCGAUGACUUUUGCCCUUUACGAAUUGGCCAGAAAUCAGGAAAUUCAAGAUAAACUGCGGAAGGAAAUUGCGGAUUCUUUGAGGGACAACAAGGGGGAGCUAAGUUAUGAAACGAUACAUAACAUGACAUAUUUGGAUCAUGUGGUGGCAGAGACUCUUCGCUAUUAUCCCCCCUCACCCACGGUGGCCCGAGUCUGCCAAAAUGAUUAUCAAGUACCUCAUACCCAGUAUGUUAUCAGAAAAGAUAUUAUGACCAUAAUACCCAUACAUUCGAUACAUCACGAUCCUCAGUAUUAUGAACGGCCAGCCGAAUUUAAUCCCGAUCGUUUUACCGCCGAAGAAUGUGAGAAACGUCAUCCCAUGGCUUAUUUACCGUUCGGAGAUGGUCCCCGUAACUGUAUUGGUCAGCGUUUUGGUAAAAUGCAAAUUAAAAUUGGAUUGGUCUCCCUCUUGAGAAGUUAUCGUUUCGAAUUCUGUCCCCUCACGGAACAGCCUUUGCAGUUUAAUAAUCAUCAUAUGUCGACGGCACCCAAAAAUGGGGUAUAUCUGAAGGUUUCAGCAUUGUAG